AUGACAUUGAUCAAAGAACCGAGAAGAUGCCGAUGGAAUGUAAGAGACUUGAUUCUGUGCCGCUUCAACCUCAACUUUCAUGCCUACCUCUCCAAUGUUCCAGCUGGUUCUAACAUCUACCCCCAACCUGACAUAUCAAGCCCGCUUCCACCAUCCGCUUGCCAACUGCCAAGUCCUCCCUCACCAAUGGCUUCGCCAAAAGAUCUCAGCACUCCUCAGUGCCCCGCAGAACAACACGCCUGGCUCCUCAUCUACCAGAAACGCCUAGGUAGGGGAACCCCGCUCGCAAAAGCUCUCAACAGACAGUUCCCCGAACGCGAGCAUAACAACAUCUUCAUUCACGCAAGCCGCGUACGUGAUGCUAAAGGCGACGUUCAGGCGCAGCUGCAGGAUCUAGCGGAACAAUGCCCAUGGUAUGAAAAGCCGCUGGAAGAGGGAGAACCGGGCUAUGCGCUCAUGAAGAAUUUGGAGAAGGAGCAGAAGGCAAGAGACAGGAAGGAGCAGAAGCAGAAGCGGCGGGAACGAGAGCAACAGCAACCGGGGAAAGUAGAGCCCUUCAGCAACUCUUAA